AAUCCAUCUUACUACUGUAUGAUUCUUUCAAGCAAAAACACCAUUCUAUUUUGCCACGUGCGGUAUAGUAUAAAAAUUACUGCCCAAGCGCACUAUAAUACUCUCGGAGGUGUAAUGGUCACGGAAUUACGUUGAACCGAGUAUCCCUCUGUUCGGUUGAUGCCUUGCUCCGUAACCACGACAAACACAAAGACGCGCAAAAGACUACAGUACACGUAGAUCAAACACCCAGCAAUAAUUUCCCUCGACAUGGGCAGUUCUGAUCUUCAUCGAAGCUCGCAGUCAUCCGGAAGAACUGUCUCACUGCAUCUAAAUUGUAACGGUCUCAGCCGAAAAUAUUGAAAACUAGCUGAGCGACUACUACGAGUAUCCGAAGAUGGAGAAGAAGUGAUCGAAAAGGGGCUAUUUCAGCUAGCUGCAAUAGCUUCUUAUAUGGGUCCCUGGUCGAGAUAUUCUCCUCUUCAAACACCAGACCCAGAUACCGGCACCAUGAAUAUUGAACAGACCAGUUCUUUUGCGCCGUUGAGUCGAACACCUCCAAAUCAGCCAGCGUUGCCUCCGUCGCCUCCGCCUACCAAAAAAAGCUCAACAUCAACGAGCAUCGCGUCGGUCCGAGAUCUGCAGCAUUAUUGUAAAGAUCACUCCCUGUUGGAUGAAGUCAAAGCGAAUGAGUAUACAAAUAUCCCCCUCAGCAAGACCUUCCAACCACAUUACCACAUCACUAGGAUUGAGCAGUUUAUUCGCUGCUUCGACUGCUAUCCGACCAGCAUUCUCGUUCGCAUGCCGUCGCCAAUUCUUGAAUUUGUAAUUAGCGGCUUGGAGCGGGAGUACACGAUCCAGCAAUUCCUAUGCGGUGGCAAGUGGCAGGAUGUCAAAUUAGGUCGCUCAUCCCGUGUAUUCCUCGACAACAAGAAUGAAAGCCGUCAACCUGACAUAAAAUUUCGGCACAAACAACAACACAUUCCCCGAGUUAUUAUAGAGGUGGCGUACACUCAGACCGAAAAAGGGUUGGACGCACUCGCCUCGGACUAUAUUCUGAAGUCUGAUGGGGAGAUCAAGACAGUAAUCGGCGUGAACCUCAAUCCGUGGGGGAAGCCAUCUACCGUUCAAGAAUGGAAGGCGGUAAUAACCGAUUCGGAUGAUCCGGAGUAUGAUGAGGAAUUACGAGUCGAAAGAGGUCCUAAAAAGGUUUUUCGGGAGGCGGACGGCUCUCCAGCCAACGAAGAAGAAUGUAUUACGAUCCCAUACUCUGAUUUCAGCGACGAUUCCAAUGCUCAGGAACCCGGCAUAUCUAUAAGUCUGCAGAAAAUUUUCGAAAUUUAUGGCGGGGCUGAAGAUAUGAACACUCGAAGCGAGGUGGAGGAAGUAGACCGGCCUACGAAACGUGUGAAGUGUAUUGGCCGCACUCCAAGCCCCAUUGAACAGCUUAAGCCAGAAGCCGAAGCAAAAUUUCUCGCAGCCGAGAAGGCCGCCGAGGACGUCGGAAUUUGAGCCAUUAACAGACGAUGAGCAUGAGUCACAAUCAAGCAAGUAGAAGAGAUGAAGAGUUUGUGCUAGACCGGCACGUGUAGGUUUUGUAUGAUAUACAUAUGUCAUACGGCAAGAGCUGUGGCAAACAGACGGCCCAGAUGACGCUUUAGACAAUAUUCUCGAGAAGAUUUUGAUGUUGAAGGCCCAAGUUGAUGUGCAAAAAUCACACCAAUACACUGCAAAUAUGCUGCGACAGCGCACAUUGAGUAAUCGAUCCCCUCCGAAGCAAAACGCUAUUAUUUCCAGCAAAAACGGCUUCAUAUUUUGGAAGACAACAGGCGUUUGUUCCAGCGGUUCGUAGGGUGCGAAAAGUCGGCCUAGUGCACUGUGUCCUCCGUCAGGCUCUCCUCUGCGCUGCUGCUACUGCUUCUUGUGACCGUGCUUCCCCGUCUGCUACAGUUCGUUGUAAAAGUCAUAUUGGCGUCGGAUAGUCCUUUAUUCCAAGUCUUCCUACGCACUUGGUGGCUUCCCGGGUGGGAGAGGUGGAAGAAUUGUUAGACUAAAUCUGUAAUUAGGAGAGAAUAGUUGUCUUGCUAUCACAGGUUCGUCCAUUGUGGAAAGCGAGCUUGUAUAUUGAUUUUCAAGAGGCAGGAUACUCGCAAACAGUAUCUCGUUUAUUUAUAGUAGAUGAUAAAAUUUCGAUCAAUGCUUUACCCUGAACGCCAACUUCCUUUAUAUAUAGAGUGAUCCUUAGUCUAAAAUGAAAAUGAAGAAGCACUGGCCUGCACACGUUGGCCCUUAGAACGAGAAAUUGAAAUCUUGAUGCGCAUCAAAUAAUGUGGCC